CCGAUGAUCACUGAUGAUCGCAGCCCGUAGGGCUGAACUGCUUCUCCCUUGCGAUAGGGAGCGGAUAUACAAACAACACUCAUAGUGUUGUUAUACUAACAACAAGAUUCAUAAGGGUAAAAGGGUAAACUAACACAAAAUAAUAAAUUAAAAUUAAAAAAAUAAAUAUUCAAUCCCCAGCCUUGCCCUCUCCGUCUCUCGAUCUCUUCUCGCAGUUGCUGCCUGUGAAAUCGAGAGGCCUCCUCCUGAUCCUGUCUCCCACGCCGCUAUCCAGAAACCUCUCCGGCCAAAAUGAUUUCGCAAUUCCUUCUCCGUCCAGAGCUUCACGACAACCAGCGAUAGCAGCAACGACCACAAAGAGAAGAGAUAGAUGGAGUUCGCGAAGGUAGCGGCAGAAGGAAGUGACGGUGGCGGAAGAACGGAGAAGGCGGGGAGAGUGGGAAGCGGCAGAGGCUUCGUUAUCGCCGGAAACAACGGAGGAGAUUUCCUUCUCCCCGAUUUUCCUUGCAUGUUCCUCGCGCGGCCGCCACAAUUCAGUCCGCUUCGUCAAUCCACCGUAUCUAGCAGCUGCAGAAACCUAAUUGCCCCUUUCGACGACAAAGCUGUGGCGCUGCUCGGAUCGUCACUUCAUCUCUCGCCACUGAGUACUGCCUCCUCGUGAACAGUUGCUUUACCUCUUUCAGCUUCUGAGCAUGUUUUCCCCUAGGCAGCAGCACUGUGCCAUCAAUUGCUUCUCACCAUGGCGCCUGCUGGUAGUGUUUUUGCGACCGAAUAAGGAGAAGGAAGGAUGGAGGAUCGUAGAGAAGGCCAUAUAUAUGGAUGACCGGAGGAAUUUUUGUUUACUGGUUAAGAAUGGAGAAGGCAGUUCAGCACAAGAAGGGAAGUGGUAUUAAACUGUAAAACAACUGGGGGUGAAGGUAGCAAGUUGCUGGUCAGAGUUUUUGGACGGUUCUUAUUUGAUAGCUAGCCUGAAAGAAAAGCUCAUACAAAAUCCUUUUUCAACAACUCAAGUUAUAGUUAUUUAUUGGAAUUAAAUGGUUUGUUCGCUUAUAUGGUAUCAUAGUCUGUGGCUGCCAAUAUAAACAAUCAUUUAGUGCAACAACAAUAUAUAUGUUCAACAUGCAAAACAAAAGAGUAAUGAAAAGUUAAAACAAAU